AUGUACAGCAAAGAACAACGGACCUCGCUUUUUGGCGACGCUCCUACCAGGAGAACAAACCUAUUUGCCCAACAAACUAACCCGGCCAUCAAACAACAGCAACAGCCAGAACUAUUCCGCACUCCUUCGCCGUACGAUAAUACCAAAGUCGGUGCGUAUAGCCAAUCGAUGAUGUCGUCGCUUGAGUCCCAAAAUAACGAAGAAUUGGACUCGAUUCUGGGGAAAGUAAAGCUCUUGAAAGAUUUGGGGGUCAAGAUGGGGGAUGAGAUUCGAAGCAGUAGCAAGACUAUGGAACAGUUGAAUGAUACUUUUGGAAUGGCCAGCACCAAAGUUAAGUUAACGUAUAAUAGAAUGAUUGUCAUGAGUAAAAAUGCAGGAAUCACUUGGAAAGUCUGGUUCUUAUUCUUCUUUGCGGUAUUUUUAUGUUUUUUCUGGGUUUGGAUAAGUUGA